AUGUUUAGCAAAUUCUUCAAAUAAUAAACAGAUUUUGAGAAGGCUCUAUUAAAUAGUUCCAUUUUAAAUAACUAACCCUUUCUAAAUAUUGGUGAUCUAAAAUAACUCAUGUAAGGAUUUCCUUAAGAAUAAUAAUUGAUUUGCCGUACUCCAUAACCAAUCAAGAAAACUUUUUAGAAAUUCUUUUAGUCUUUACCUGAUAAAGUAUCAUAUAGAGUAAAACUCAAAAUCUUGGCAACAUGUCAUGUUCUUUUGGAUGACUUUAUGCAUGGUGAAUAAUUUUGUGAAUCUCUUCUCGAUUGGGAUGGAUUUCGUUAUAAGUAAACCUAAGAAAAAUAGGUUGUAGGGAGAAGAACCAAGACAAAGAAAAGUUUAUCAAGAUAUAUUUCGAAAUGCUGCAAAGAUUUGCUAAUUGUCUGUACUUACUAAAAAUGGCCAAAUCACAAAAAUCUUAUACUUUAGAGAGUAAAGUUAAUAUAUUUAUUGAAGGUUUUACAGAAAAUUAAUCAGAUUAUUACAAAGCAAUCAAUUUAUUAACAAUUAUAUUUACUUAUACAUCGGUAUGUUUAUAUAAUUUAUCAUUAGAUAAUUAAAUCAGAAUUAGAUAAACAUCAGGAAGACAUUAUUGGAGAAAUUGUUUUACUUAUGUGGAAUGAUGUAAUAGCCAUCUACUUAUUUUUUGAGAAGUUCUAAUUAUUAUUUAUUAUAGGAUUAUAAUGCACUUUAUUUUAGAUUUUUAAACAUUACAAACACCUAUAUUUUUUUAAUUGAAUGAUUUGAUUCCUGAUUACAUAAGAUUAACAUCAUAAAUCUAAUAAUUUUACAAGUUGAACGAUCAUUUUCAAGAAGAAAAAUAAUUUACAGAACCUUAAUGGAAGAUUGUUGAUUAAAAAAUAUUAGAUGAAUUAGAAUAAUUUAAAUAAAGAUUAAAAAUAUAAUCAGCUAGGAGUAGAUUAGUUAAGAAUAAAAGUAAAGCUUCAUUUAGCACACAAUUAUUAUCACCAUAACAUCAAUCAACUGGUUCAUUUCUAUUCGGUAACACAACCUUAGGUUAUGUAAAAAGAUUGUCUACUGUUGAUGAUCCUUUUGAUAAUAGUGAAGAAAUGUCCAAAAAAUAUAAAAUGAUUAAAUGA